AAAAAAAUGAUCAUAUAAAAAAGUUUGCUACAUUUACGCUGCUAAAUAAGGCGGAAACGCGUCAUCACAGUCUGUGAAAAAGGUCUAUUGGGUAGUUUAUUGGUAGUCUGUCAAUUUAUUUUUUAAAUAUUAUUUAUUUUUUUAUCUCCGCUGAUAUCGUCAAAAGGCAAAAUAAUUUUUGAAAAACCAUUUAAGAAAACAUAUUUGCAGGAUCUAAUAUUUGUAGAAUACAGAAUGUGAUAAACUGACUUAAAUUGAAUAAAGAGGCUUUUAUUUUGAAAACUAAAGCCCUCAUAUGCUUAUUGGAUCUCAGUGACGGUAUAUCUGUGUAUAUCAAAGUGAAUUUAAUCUUCUUUAAAAUCUAGAAAAGGCAAGUAGUCAGAUAAACUAAUUUUGCGGAGCUGUUAAAGAAUAUAUAUUCGCUCACAUACCGUGUCUGCCAGAGACGAAAUAAACAGAAAACUGGACGUAAAUAACCCACCAACAGCAGCAUGCAUCCUGCUGUAGUACAAAACGGUUAAAUCUGGGUCAAUAACAAUAUAAGUGCAGUGCUUACAAGAAGACCUUAUUAAUAAGAAGAAGGUGAACAUGGAGUCUGCCAGUCUGGAGAACUUGUGUGUCCUCUACCACAGUGCAAACUAUAUUGUUGUUAAUAAACACUGGGACAUCCGUAUUGAUAGCAAGAUGUGGUAUGAGAAGCAGACUGUUCAGAGCCAACUGAAGUAUCACUUCCCGGAGCUUGCAGAUCCUGGCACCUACUAUGGCUUCAGGUUUUGCCAUCAACUGGAUUUCUCUACAAGUGGAGCUUUAUGUGUUGCAUUAAACAAGGCAGCAGCAGGGCAUGCGUAUCGCUGCUUUAAAGACCGGCUUGUUAUCAAAGCUUAUCUUGCACUGGUCCGUGGCAUUGUGGCUGAGGAGAAAGUGACUGUGGACUUUGCUAUCGGCAAGAACACAACAGAGGGCAAGACCCAUAUGAUGUGCAUUGAAGGAACAGAUGGGUGUGAAAAUCCCAAGCCCUGCCAAACAGAGCUCACAGUAUUAGAGUAUGGAACAUAUGAAGGAGACACAGUCACUAAAGUGCUUUUGCAACCUCUGACAGGACGGACCCACCAGCUAAGAGUACACUGUAGUGUCAUUGGUCACCCCAUAGUGGGAGACUUCACGUAUAGUCUACGCACAGACAACUCUCCUUAUCGCAUGAUGCUGCAUGCUUACUUCCUGCAUAUUCCACUGGAAAAUGAACUGAUACAAGUCAUAGCCACAGAUCCCUUUCUGCCCAGCAUAGACUCAAAAUGGGCACCAGAAAGAUGUGUGAACUCUCUGGAGGAUUUACUAAAGAAUAUUUUAACAAAGCCACAGAUUGAGAAACAGAGCCAAGAAGAAACAGAGACAGUGCACAGGAGCAGCAGCCCAGUGGAGAGUGAGGAACAGAAGGCACAGUGUCAACAGUGGCUUUGUGAAUGGAACCUUGACUGAGGAAUCCUUAUGCUUAGCGGCUCAAGAAACUUACCAUUUUAUUCUGUUUUACCAGUUCUGAAACAUACAGUAUGUUUUUAAAUUGCAAUGAUCUCUUAUAUGUCAAAAGAUCUAGAAAAAUUUGAUUCUUCAUGUCAUGACCCCUUUAAGAGAGGCCUGUUGAGUAUAUGAAGUGUGCUAUGUGUACAAAAGGUAUUGUUCAUUAUAUGAAUCGAGUAACAGUAUGGUUUAAACUUUUGCGCUUGAAUACAAAUUGAUUUUAAAAUAUUUUUUAUGAUUUUAUUUGUUUGGUUUGAACUAGUUUUUGUUGCAGACUAUGGGAGUACAUCCACCACCCCACCAGUGGUCCAAACUCCCAACAAUUCCUACCUCAAACAAGUGGAUAAUGAAAUAUAAA